AUGGGGAAACAUAGAAAAAAUUACUAUAAACAAAAACAAAAUAAAGGAAGAUUUACAACAAAACAAAAACAGGAAAUUUCAAAUCGGAAAGACAAAAAAAUUAUCGAUGAUGCGUGCAGCGUAGCUGCAACGUCGGGACAGAACUUUCCAGGCCUCGUUAUCCAAAAAGAAAUAAGAGUUCCAUUGCAGGAACAAAAUAUGCAAGAUAUUGUUCUGUCAUCGGAAGCAACAGCCACAGAUCGGAAUACUCCACUUGUUUUUGAAGAAGCACAAGAUAACGAAGAGUUUAAAGUAGAUGGGCGCAGAGUGAUCGAUUUUAUGUACUUCUUUGAAGAAUUGCAAAAAAUUUCCAAACACAACUCUCCCCUAGGUUGUGAUUUUAGUCAUUUACAACUUUUAAAAGAAGUUUGUGAAUUGUGGGAGUUGGCAAAACAGAAGUGCAUGGAUGAAGCUGCGAAGGAGGAAUACGUUCUAGCUAUGCAAAACGGUGAUGUUGACGCUAACGGA